AUGAGCAGUGUGAAAGAGAAGGAUUUUGGUGAAGGAGAGAAGUUCCUGUCGGAGCCUGCGCCCCCUCAACCGCGAGACAAUGGCAGCUCGGGGAGUCUACUUUCGCAGCUCGAAAACAAUCCUCUUGCUGCUGUUCUGGCCUACUGCUUCUCGUCGAUCAGUAUGACAGUUGUCAACAAAUAUGUUGUCUCGGGCUCGUCAUGGAGCCUGAACUUCCUGUAUCUGGCCAUUCAGUCCCUGAUUUGCACGGCUGCAAUUCUGGUCCUCAAAAACAUGGGCACGAUUCCGAAUCUCGCUGCCUUGGAGGCCAGCAAGGUCAAGAGAUGGCUCCCCGUGUCUGUUGUCUUCGUGGGCAUGAUUUACACCAGCACCAAGGCUCUUCAGUUUUUGUCGGUUCCAGUCUAUACUAUCUUCAAAAACUUGACCAUCAUCGUCAUUGCCUAUGGUGAGGUGCUGUGGUUUGGCGGCCACGUCACGCCGCUCCUCCUGCUCUCGUUCGGCUUCAUGGUGCUCAGCUCAAUUGUUGCUGCAUGGGCAGAUAUUCAGGCUGCUCUGCAAGGCGCUGGGCACUCGGAUGAAGCCACUGCCGCCAUCUCAACCUUGAACGCCGGCUAUGCGUGGAUGGGGCUCAACGUCUUUUGCACUGCCUCGUAUGUUCUGGGCACGCGCAAAUUCAUCACCUCGCUACAUUUCAAGGACUGGGACACCAUGUUCUACAACAAUCUGCUGUCACUCCCAAUCAUGAUCCUCUGCUCUCUGAUCACCGAGGAUUGGUCUUCGGCCAACUUUGCCAAGAAUUUCCCGGCCGAGUCACGAAACAACAUCAUGAUUGGCAUGUUAUAUUCCGGCCUGGGCGCCAUCUUCAUCUCUUACUCUUCUGCUUGGUGCAUCCGCAAGACCUCGUCCACCACAUACUCUUUCGUUGGUUAUUUGAACAAGCUUCCUCUGGCCAUCAGCGGUAUUGUCUUUUUCGACGCUCCUGUUACGUUUGGAAGCGUCUCUGCUAUCCUGCUAGGGUUUUUCAGUGGUCUCAUCUACGGCUAUGGCAAAGUAAAGCAGAAGGAGCAGUCAAAGCAGGUUCUUCCCACAUACCAACCAGUCAUGAGCGCCAGUUCUCAGAGUCACAAAGAUGCUUCGAGGCCAUAA